UUGAAUUAUUCAACGGCUUAUUCAACUUGACAAAUCAACUUUGAUAACUACAGCACUAAACUCUUGACUUUCCAGCAGGAUCAUACCGCACGUUGACUCAAUCAUCUGCACGAUCCUCGUUAUUUGUGUGGCCAAAUUCCGCCUUCCCAUCUCCCUCAAAAAAUUCCAGCCGCCUACUAAACGCGGCCAUCUUUGAUCUCUGACCACACUCCUCCAAGAACCAAUGGCUCCGUCACGCGCUACGGCUGCUCUCCUCUUCUCCGCGGCGGUCUUCGUCCUCCUCUCCGGCGCGCGGUCGCAGCAGCCGUACGGCACACAGAUCGGCGACUGCCACAACAAGCACAACGACACCGGCAUGCUGGGCUACUUCUGCAACGGCGCACCGUCCUGCCAGUCCUACCUCACCUUCCGCGCCCGCCCGCCCUACUCCGACCCGGCCUCCAUCGCCGCGCUCCUCGGCGCCAACGCCACGAACCUCGCCGCAGCCAACUCUGCCUCGCCAUCGUCUUCGUCUUCCUUCGCGCCGGGCACCAAAGUGCUCGUCCCGGUGCCCUGCGCCUGCACGGGCCGGGGGCGGGGCCACUACCAGAGCAACGUGACGUCCUACGUGGCGGUCCCCGGCGACACGCUGCUCAUCAUCGCGAAGGGCACGUUCCAGGGGCUCACCACGUGCCAGGCGGUGCAGGAGCAGAGCCUCGGCGGCAAGCCCCCGGAGAGCCUGCUCGCGGGCCAGAGACUCCCCGUGGUGCCGCUCCGGUGCGCGUGCCCGAGCGCCGCGCAGGCCGCGGCCGGCACCAGGUUCCUCGUGAGCUACCUGGUGGACGAGUUCGACGAGGUGCGCGCCGUGGCUGCCAGGUUCGGCGUGGACGCGGCCGGCAUCGCCGCGGCCAAUGGGCUGAAGAGCGACGGGACCAUUUUCCCUUUCACUACCUUGCUGAUUCCUGUCAAGUCCCCGCCAGACAUUUCGCAGCUCCGGUCGCCGCCGCCGCCUCCUCCACCGCCGCCGGCAGCGUCUGUUCCGGCGGCGGAGAAGAGGAGCAAUCACGCAGGAGUUUACAUUGGCGUUGGCGUGGCCGUGGCAGCUGUUGCCGUCAUCGCCUCUGUUGGGGCCGUUCUUGCUCGGAAGGCGAGGAAACGAGCUCGAGCCGGCGCCGCUGUAGCCACCACCGGCAAGGGCACGGGGAAGGCAUCGCACGGAACAACCAGCGCCGGCGAAGUCUCCGUGACAAUCAGCGAGGCGUUCUCGAGCCUGUCGGACAUCAAGUCCUCCCUGAAGGUGUACACCUACGAGGAGCUUACUGCGGCCACAGACGACUUCAGCGCGGCUCGCCGCAUCGGCGGGUCGGUCUACAGAGCAACCUUCGGCGCCGACACCGCCGCCGUGGAGGUCGUGGCCGGCCGCGACGCGUCCAAGGAGGUGGAGCUCAUGAGCCGGAUGAACCACUUCAACCUCGUCAGGCUCACGGGCGUCUGCCACCACCGCGGGCGGUGGUACCUCGUCUCCGAGUACGCCGCGCACGGCACGCUCCGGGACCGGCUCCUCCUCGGGGCCACGGAGGCGCCGGCGGCGCUGAGCUGGGCGCAGCGGGUGCAGGUGGCGCUGGACGCGGCGGAGGGGCUCCGGUACCUGCACGAGUACGCGCGCCCGCCGUGCGUGCACAUGGACGUGCGCAGCGGCAGCGUGCUCCUGGACGCUGCGCUCCGCGGCAAGGUCUGCAACUUCGGCUGCGCCAGGGCCAUCCGCGGAGGCGCCGGAGAAGCAGGGCCGCCGCGGGAGUUCACGAUGACGAGCAGCAUCGGCGGGGCGCGCGGGUACGUGGCGCCGGAGUACCUGGAGCACGGCGUGGUGUCGCCCAAGGCCGACGUGUACUCCCUCGGCGUCGUGCUGCUGGAGCUCGUCACCGGGAAGGGCGUCGACGAGCUGGACGGCAGCCGGGGCGACCCGCUCGCCGGAUUAAACGCGUUGACCACCGGAGACCGCGAAGAGGAGGGUGAUGGCGCGGCGCUGGAGAAGCUGGAGGAGUUCGUGGACCCGGCGAUGGCGGCGGGGAGCUGCCCUCGGGACGCGGUGGUGAUGAUGGUCAGGCUGAUCGAGAGGUGCCUCCGGCGGGACGCGGCGGCGCGGCCGAGCAUGGGGGAGGUGGCGCAGUACCUGCUGAAGCUGUCGGGCAUCUCGGGGGACAGUUGGCGGAGUUCGUCGGAGUACCUCCGGAGUUCUGGCAGCGAAACGGCCAGUCAACGGCUAGCGCGGUGAAAUUUAAUCAGGCCAUGGCUAGGGUCGUCGUUGAUAGCGACCAAAUUGUGUAGUCUUGUGAACUGUACUCCUCUUUCAUUAGAACUUGUGAGAUUUCCUCUUUCGUAAAAUAUGCUGCAGAUCAGCCUGGAUUAUAUAGAGGGAAGAACUGAACAUCUGUUGUUGACCAUUCUUCUUUUUUCGAUAUGAAAGAAUUACCACAUAGCAUUA